CUGAAGGAGGAGCAGCAGAGAAAAUAGAUGACCCAUCAUUCCUUCCAAUACCCGUUAAUCCAACCUUUACCUUUUCUCACUUAUCCUCCUGUAUCCCUUUUACAAGUAUGGACCCUUGCACUCCUUCUAGACAGCCUCAUAUAUUAUUAUUAUUACUAUUAUUAUUAUUAUUAUGCUUAUGUUCGAGGCUAAGGUUGAUGGCGCAGAGGGCAUGGGUCGAAGGCACUCGUCUGGCAGUCGACUCUUCUUUUACUUGGGAGGACACUGUGGAGACAGUUUCAGCAGCACUAUGGAAGAGCAUUUGCCUCGGCUACUUGGCAGCAUUCGAAUUGAAAGAUAGCUUUGGGCUUCAAAGUGCAAGGGGCAGAGAACUUCUACCCAAGUCUCUUCUUUACUAACGAUAUUGCACUAUUCUACACUCUUAUCACCUCAUGGGCAUUAUCCAUCAUAUAGCAUUGCCAUGGAUGACUACACGAGCGGAUCCGACUCUGACUACACCAAGUAUUGGAUUGACUGGUUUUUGGGAACCAAGGGCAACGAGUACUUUUGCGAGGUCGAUGAAGAGUACAUUCUGGACCGAUUCAAUCUGACUGGACUGAACACGGAAGUGCAAUACUACUCGCAGGCACUGGAUUUGAUUACCGAUAACCUCGAUGAGAAUUUGGACGAGGAAAUGCGGGAUAUUGUGGAAAAGUCGGCCCGUCAUCUUUAUGGCCUGAUUCACGCCCGGUUCAUCAUUACCACCCAUGGACUUACAAAGAUGUUGGAAAAGUUCAAGAAAUGCGACUUUGGACGGUGCCCCAGAGUUCUCUGCCACAACCAUCCUCUUCUUCCAGUCGCGCUCUCCGACAUCCCCUACACGAAAUCUGUAAAGCUGUUCUGCUGCCGCUGUGAGGAUAUUUAUAACCCCAAAUCGACUCGCCAUGCCUCGAUCGACGGCGCUUAUUUCGGCUGCAGCUUCCCUCACAUGCUCUUCCAGGUUUACCCUCAACUGGUCCCACCCAAGAGCACGGACCGCUAUGUGCCCCGCAUCUUUGGGUUCAAACUGCAUGAUGUCGCGAAACAGCAUCGGUACCAGGAUAUGAUUCGGGAGGAAAGCCAUGCAAGGAUCAUGGCGGGCAUUGAGGGCAUUCCAACAACAGCGGCACAGGGCUCUUCUUCGACCAGGGAUGGACAGCAAAACAACUUCAAGAGCAAGGCGAUCGAGGGCAACUCUUCGGUGGUAGAGUCGGGCGCAAUGGCGGACGUGAACAACUAGAGACUCGAUGCGAACAAUGGAAUGGGGAGGGAAACACUGUAUGAAGGAAAGAAAAGGAUGGGGAGCAGGACCUUGUUUUUAUUUGUGUACAAUACAGCAACAGUAUAUCGGCCAGAAAAAAAGAAAAAAAAAGUGCGAAUUGAAGGACGGACCAGGAAGACAAUAUGGAUUCACAAACGAGGGACAGACAAGGACUGCAGCGCACCGGGCGAUUGAUAGCCACGCUGCGGGAUGGUAGCAUAGCGCUCCAAGACAUGGCAUCGCAGUAGAAGUAUCGAGAAUAAAAGCGUAGGACACACAUUUUU